AGAGCUUUUAAGACGACGUCGUAACAAGCUCAGAUGCGUUCAUCUUCCAGCCCUAAGUGAUGUAUUGAACUGAUAUGCCAAUCAAAUUGGCGUUUCUCCGAUUGGUACCGCCAUGGAUGUCAUCAGAUGUUGCUUCGAUUCCAUUCGACAAGUAAAUUCCCUCUCUUGUUUGAUCUUUGGUUUUCUUUGUGAUUUUGAGCUUACUAUUUACGUGUUAUAUAUAUGAUCAUAGCGAAUUGCGAUAACUAUUACAGGGAUUAGUGGGAUGAUUCUAUUUUAGUAAAUUGAAACCCGCUUGAUUGCAUGAUCGAAGAUGAAAUUUGGAACUCGAUAAUUAAAUAUAAAGAUUGGAUUGCAAUGAAUGGAAGUAUGAUUCUGCAUCUCAAUAAUUUCUGGAAAUGGUUUUGAUUAAUACAACAGAAUCAAGGAAACUGGAACCGAAAAAAUAAAAUAAAAAUUGAGGUACUUGAAUGCAGCUUUAGUUUUUUGGGGAAAUGAAUUGCAUUGACAAGAAAUGUCUGUGCAGUUCCAGUUCGUUGUUGAGUAAUAAUACUAAUAAGUUUGCUGCAUAGUGGUAGCUUUUUGCAGCCUGAUGCGGAUGCGAAAUUUUUGAGAGGUUUGUUCUGUAAUUUUAGAUUUCCGAUGACAUAAAAGAUGCUGUUAUCUACUUGGAUGCUGGAUCUACAGAGAGUUUUCAGUUUCUUGAUGCAUUUCCUCUGUUGUUGGAGCUUGGUGCUCGUGCGGUUUGCAGCUUGGAAAAUGCAUCGGCUCUUGACGAGGUUGUUCAUUGGCAAUCAAAUCCUGAACCUGGAGAGAAAGUUGUGGUCAUCACCUCUCGUCUUCUUAGUGAUGCACAUCGUUAUGUUUUACGAUGUUUGAGCACGCUUCAAAGAAUUCGACACUGCACUAUUUGUACAUCCAUAUCAGAGAUGGGACACUCAGCAUACCCUGAUUCACCUCUGGGACCAGAUGCUUUCCGUGAAUAUGAAUCUUUACUGGUCCUGGAUUACGAGGAACUGAUAAAGAAAAAUCAAUUGAACUCAUCUGAGCCAGAUGGAAAAAAGUUGAAGGAAACUUCAGUUCCUGAGGAUGAGGGAUGGUCUCAGCUAGCUUCCAGUGGGGACAACACUUACGAUCUUCAAACAAGUUCAAUUACCAUGGUUUCAGAUAUAGAUGGUUUCCCUGGAACUCCAUCAGACGGUGGCCAAAAGCUAGUUGUUAAUGUCCAUCAUUUCCCCCUUUUGUUAUGUCCUUUAUCACCUAGAGUUUUUGUUCUACCUUCAGAAGGAUCUGUCGCGGAAGCACAUUUAUCAGUUGAGCAUGAAAAUUCAAUCAGUCCAGGGCUACCAUCAAUAAGCAUUGGAACACCUGCUGACAGCGAUGAUGUUCCUCCUGGGGCAACUCUAACUGCUCAGCUUCUUUAUCAUCUGGCCACUAAGAUGGAUCUGAAACUGGAAAUCUUUUCUCUUGGUGAUCUCUCAAAAACAGUUGGAAGGCUCUUGAUGGAUAUGUCAAGUCUUUAUGAUGUUGGGCGGCGUAAAAGGUCGGCUGGCCUACUUCUCAUUGACCGAACACUUGAUCUUCUUACUCCUUGCUGUCAUGGUGAUUCGCUUGUUGAUCGAAUGUUUUCAUUUUUGCCUCGCAAGGAAUUGACAACUUCAGUAAGCCAUGUGAAAGGAUUUCAGAGGCAAGUCAAAGGCAGUGUAUUGCGCCCUUCUCUCGAUGUUCAGAUACCACUUGAUGAAAUUCUCCGGGAAGAAAGUUCAGAAAAUAUUUUUUUACUUCUAGAAAGCAUUGAGGCAUUUUUGAACGGGUGGGAUUCUGGUAACUCUGCUUCGCAAAUUGUUGAUUUGACUAACCUCAGUCAGAAGCUUUAUGGUGAAACCGGCCAAUACUCCAAGAGUGAGAGAAUAAUAGGGUCAUUAGUUUCUACCGAUAACUUUCAUGGAACCAAGUACCUGGAAGCCAUAUUGGAAAGGAGAACAAAAGAUGGUUCCGUUUUAAUUAAGAAGUGGCUUCAAGAGUGUUUACGGAAAGAAAAGAUACCUUUGAAUAUGAAACUUCGUCCUGGAAGUGUUUCAAAGUCUGAGCUGUUAUCAAUGGUUAAGGCUCUGUCAAAAAGCCAAUCAUCUUUGCUGAGGAACAAAGGGAUCAUUCAAUUAGCUGCUGCUGCCUCAAAUGCUUUAGAUGAAUUACAUUCUGCAAGAUGGGAAGCAUUUAGCAGUGCUGAGAUGAUAUUGAAUGUUAAUGCUGGGGACACCAGCCAAAGUCUUGCUGCUCAAAUCAGUGAUCUUAUUAAUAAGAGUGCUUUAGUGGGUUUUCAAGACGUAAAAAAAAGCAAAGCAUCCUCCGAGGGCUUGCUUAGUCUUCAAGACGCCCUUCUUCUUACAGUAAUUGGCUACAUACUGGCCGGUGAGAAUUUCCCAACUUCUGGUUCUUUAGGUCCUUUCUCCUGGCAGGAGGAACACUUCAUGCAAGAAGCCAUAGUAGAUGCAAUAAUUGAGAACCCAACAGUUGCAAAGCUUAAGUUUCUCCGAGGUUUGACAGAAGAGCUUGAAGCCAACUUUUCGAAGAGAAAUUCAGAAGAAAAGAAGGAAGAUUCUUCCAGUCAACUGGAAACAGCUGAUUUUGAUGAUGAUCAGUGGGAAAGUUGGGGUGAUGAGGAUACUGAUGAAACGAAGGAGCAAGCAUAUGGAGACAUGCAGUUGAAGUUAGAAUUGCGAGAUCGGGUUGAGAGUCUAUUCAAAUUCCUUCACAAGUUAUCAAGCUUGAAAAAUGAUAUCCCCGCUGAAACAAAAUUUAAUGAUGACCCUUACUUAAACAAGGGAUUGAUUUACAAAACUUUAACUCGGGUGUUGGCUAAGUAUGAUGUCCCUGGCUUGGAGUACCACUCUUCCACUGUUGGACGUCUUUUCAAGAGUGGAUUUGGAAGGUUUGGUCUAGGACAGGCAAAACCAAGUCUUGCCGACCAAGAUGUUAUUCUUGUUUUUGUUAUAGGUGGCAUCAACGGUGUUGAGGUACGGGAAGCUCACGAGGCACUGUCACAAAGUAGCAGGCCGGAUGUGGAACUGAUUCUUGGUGGAACAACACUUCUUACCCCUGAUAACAUGUUUGAUCUUCUUCUGGGGGAUUCCAGUUUUUUUUGAACCUACCCUUUGUCAUCUUCUACCCUGAAAAACUCGGAAGAAGACGUACUCAGUUCAGAAAUGUUGUCGUAGAAGUUUUUUCGACCCCUCCUUUCUAGUGCUAUAGCCUAUAGUUACUGCUCAUUAUUUUGGUCCCUUUCACAGUAUGUUGUAAAUACUAAAUGCUUCAUUCCUUCUCAUUAUUUAUUCAACAUUUUACUUAGCCUCUCAAGCUCAAAUAAAGCAUCUUGUUCUCCUUGUAUUUUCUUCCCCUCCCCCCCUAAUAAAUUGAUACCCAUAUUAAUCGGAA